UUUAACGUCAGCUGUUAUUGGUUAUUAAAAAAAAAAACUUAAUAGUUAAUAGUUACUUUUGAUACUAAGGUACUUUGUGAAAUUUAAGUGUUAAGGUAUAUUUUCUACUUUUAACUUCAAAAUAAUAUGGAUUUCACAAAUAAAGUAGUAGUUAUAACUGGAGGAAGUUCAGGAAUAGGAGCUGCUACAGCGAUUUAUUUUUCAAAACUUUCAGCACAAUUAGUUUUAGUAGGUAGAAAAGAAAACAAUCUCAAAAAAAUCUCCUUGUAUUGUGAAAAAGCUAAAGCAGUGAAGCCAUUGCCUAUCGUAGCAGAUUUAACUGAAGAUUCGGACGUGGAAAGAAUCGUUACAGAAACUAUAGACCAUUUUGGAAAGAUCGACGUUCUGAUUAAUAAUGCUGGCGUUAUGUCCAUGGGAGGACUUAAGGACUCUAAUAUGGAAAUGUAUGACAAAGUUAUGUCAACGAAUAUUCGUGCAGUAUAUUAUUUAACCAAACUUUUUACUCCACAUCUAAUAGAAAGCAAGGGUUGUAUUGUAAAUGUUUCAAGUAUUCUUGGAAGUAAAGUUACAACAAACGCCUUGGCAUACAAUAUGUCAAAAGCUGCAUUGGAUCACUUCACAAAAUGUGUCGCUUUGGAACUGGGACCAGAUGGUGUAAGAGUAAACUCUGUAAAUCCAGGUUUUGUGAAGACCAAUCUCUUGAAAGAUGUUGGGCUUUCUGAAGAUCAACUUGAAAUGUUGAUGAAAAAUAUUGUGUGUAGAAAUCCAUUGAAACGACAGGUGGAAGGUGAUGAAGUCGCUGCUCUUAUUGCAUUUCUUGCUAGUGAUAAAGCAAAAAGUAUGACUGGUACAUUCCUGAAUAUAGAUUGUGGAAGUCUUCUAAGCCCAUAAAUAUUCCCGAUAAAGUUAUCUAGAGCCUUUAUAGUAUUAUAAAUUAUAUAUUUUUGUUAUCACUAUUUUAUUCUAGUCGAAGAUUAUAAUUUUGUGCUGAAUAAUGUAGAUAUUUAUUUUGUAUGUCUCAUUGUUAUAUUGGGACAUAAUUUCUUCCCAUAUAAUAUGUUAACAAUUAAUUAAAUAAAUUGUUACUAAUAGUAAA